AUGACUUCUAUUCUUCGACCAAGCGAAAAAAUCGUCCGAGACCUGGUGGAAGGCCAUGUGGCUAUUGUGACAGGCGCGGCACAAGGUAUUGGCUUUGCAACUGCCUCCCUACUCGCCAAACACGGGGCUCGUGUGGUUCUAGUCGAUUUACGCGAAAUCGAUCUGCAACGUGCAUGUGAACAGAUUGGACUCCGAACUACCUACCAUGUAUGCGACGUGAGCAAUUGGGACCAACAACUAGCGCUUUUCAAAACAGUGACAAGUACUUAUGGACCCAUUAGUCUCCUUGUUUGCAAUGCUGGUGUGAAUCCCGAAGUUACUCGUUUCCGAAAAAUGAGUCCAGAAAAACGUGCCGAGAUGAAUAAUCAAGUCUACUACAAUUUUCUCGCCGAUGAACUAGAAGAUACCAAGGACUCGGACUCGGAGCCCUCCCUGAAACGUCCCUCUACUCAGAUAUUCGAUGUCAACCUCAACUCGGUGAUCUUCGGGCUUAAACUAGGCAUUCACUAUAUGAAGCCGAACGGUGGGGGACGUAUCGUGGUGAUUGGAUCCGCCGUUUCAUACGUGUCGCGUCCAUUCAAUACAAUGUAUACGGCUAGCAAACAUGCAGUGCUGGGAUUAGUUCGCAGCACGGCACAAAAGGAGGAUGUGGUUCAGGCUGGAAUCAGCAUCUCGUGGAUUGCACCAUGGAUAACAUUGACUCCCAUGGUGGAGGAAAUUACCCUUACGACUCAGUCUGAUGCGCUGAAGAGCUCUCCUGAGGAUACUGCAUGGGGAAUCCUUGCAGCCGCGGCGGCUGGAAAUCCUAACGGCAAGGGAUAUUGGGUGCAAGGAACCGACAUUAGUGAAGUUGAAGGGGCAUAUUCUGAGGUGGCCAGACGACUGAAGCUUUAA